GAAAGAAUAGUGAAUUACUGCAGAAAAUGUCAAUAUUUUCUUUCACAAAAUUUUACAGCAAUUUUUACUAUAAAAUUCUCUUCAUGUACAUUUCUCAAGAUAGUAUUAAAGAAUUUCUGAGUACAGGAUAAUAUCGUCGAAACGGGAAAUUCUUUCGGCAAUAUCAAAAUUUUAACUCGCAUUAAAUUCGUGAGACAUUUUUGUCUUUCUCUGUCUUUUUCCUCUCUGCCUCGAGCUCCGAAAUUGCUUCAGAUAUAUAAUAUAAUUGCCGUGCAAAAGAUGCCCUUUCCAGGAUGAGAGUAUAUGCUCUGCAUAUCUCUUCGCGAAGGCACAAAUAAGUUGAAGACGUAUGUAAGAUCAUCAUACAUCAGUAUACAAUCGUCAUAAUAAUCUACGAAGGAUGAAUCGACGUGGUUUGCGAGGGGAAGGAAUGAGGGAAGGGAGAGCCGGCCCCCAGCAUCGUUCUCUAUAUAAGAACAGAACCACCCGGCGCGGUCCAUGAGUGUCAAUAGUUUAUGGUUCUAUCGCGAACACCGCGAAAACUUCUACUCGCGACAGUGCGUGGCCCAGAUCGUCGAUUCGAUUAAAUCGAUAUCGAAGUCGCGAUCUUUGAUAUUCGUUACACGCAAAAGCGGAACUCUUAUUCUGAAGAGAUCAGCCCUAGAAAGGUCAAGUUGGAACUGUUUCUGCUCUGCCAAUCAAUCAGAAAUUUCUGACUCGUCCCAGUUGAUCAAUACGUGAUCAUGAAGAUUCUUUUACGGGCGGACACCCACGUUAACAUUGAGCUGCCGGUAAACGCACCGGCAGCUAGAUGCACGUUUACUCAGGUACUGGCUGCAUUAUCGGUAUCAUUAGGUUCAAUGGUAAUUGGCUAUUCGAGCUCCUACACAUCACCGGGACUGGUAUCCAUGCGCGAUAAUAGUACAGCGAGCUUCGAAGUUAGCAAGCAAAUGGGUAUGUGGAUCGGGUCACUUAUGCCCCUAAGUGCACUUUUCGGAGGAAUUACUGGAGGGCCAUGCAUCGAGUAUCUCGGAAGAAGAAACACGAUACUAGCCACAGCGCUCCCAUUUAUCGGAUCAUGGCUUUUAAUCGCGUUGGCACAGAACGUCGCGAUGGUGUUAGUAGGACGCGCAUUAUGCGGGUUUAGCGUGGGCGUUGCUUCCUUAUCGCUACCUGUGUACUUGGGCGAGACGAUACAGACAGAAGUGCGCGGUACUCUUGGCUUGAUGCCCACCGCCUUUGGUAAUGCCGGAAUAUUAAUAUGCUUCACGUUGGGCAUGUAUCUGGACUGGAGAAACCUGGCGCUGGUAGGCGCGAGUCUACCAAUACCCUUCCUGAUUCUCAUGUUUCUGAUCCCCGAAACGCCGAGAUGGUACAUCUCUAAGGGAAAAACGAAGAAGUCUCGAAAAUCUCUACAAUGGCUGCGCGGCAAGAACACCGAUAUAACUGACGAACUGACUAUGAUCGAGAAGUUACAUGUCGAGAGCGAACGAAACGCUUCUCAGGGAACGAUCUCGGAGUUGCUGAAGAGCAACAACCUGAAACCACUGCUUGUUUCCCUGGGGCUGAUGUUGUUCCAACAAAUGUCGGGCAUCAACGCGGUGAUAUUCUACACGGUGCAAAUUUUCCAGGACGCCGGUAGCACGGUCGAUGAGAACCUCUCGACUAUAAUCAUUGGCAUUGUGAACUUCAUAUCUACCUUCAUCGCUGCGUUCUUGAUCGACAAGCUGGGCAGGAAGAUGCUGUUGUACGCAAGCGGCGUGUCGAUGGCUUUGACGCUCUUCUCUCUCGGAGGAUUCUUCUACGUCAAGUCGUAUGGUGUCGACGUGACGGCCUUUGGCUGGCUGCCGCUGGUCAGCCUGAUUGUGUACGUGAUAGGCUUUUCGAUGGGCUUUGGUCCUAUUCCCUGGCUGAUGAUGGGCGAGAUCUUGCCGGCCAAGAUCCGCGGCUCGGCCGCCAGUAUCGCGACCGGCUUUAAUUGGAUGUGUACCUUCAUCGUGACGAAGACUUUCGAGGACGUCAUAGCGGUGAUUGGCGCACACGGCACUUUUUGGCUAUUCGGCGCCAUCGUCGUGGUGGGUUUCAUUUUCGUGAUCGUCAGCGUGCCGGAGACGCGCGGCAGGUCACUCGAGGAGAUUGAGAAGAGGUUUAACGGGCCGACUAGAAGAAUGAGCGCAGUCGCCAACAUGAAACCGAUGCCAAUGGCCUGCUAGCUUCCGAAUCGAGUCGGCGCUCAGGCACGAUUUUUAUUGACGAGCAAGUUUGUCCGAGCAAGAAAAAAAUGGGACUCACGGUGUCACAUUAAGGAAAAGGUUUUCUUGCUGAAAAACCUUUGCUUAAAGUGAAGUUAAGUUCGAAAGUAUGCUUCUUCCGUCUUAUGAAGAUGAAGUGUAUCUGCUCGCUCUCUCUUUCUUUCUCCUCCUUCGGCUCUUUCUAUUUUUCGCUUCGUUCGAUUUAUUCUUGUUGCGGCUUGUUUAUUAUAACGAAUUUGGGCGAGAACGAUUUAGAAAUAAUCGUUUUUGAUCCAGGUGAUAUACGGGAACAGAUAAAGAAAGGCAUUUUUUUAAAUAAACGCUCGUAUUUCGGUUAUUCAGCUGUUGAAUUGAGAAGAGGCGAAUGAAUGAAAAGAUCAUUCUUGAUCAACAAUGUUAGCAAUGAUGUUUUAUGUGCAAUAUUGGAUAACACUACGAUUCUUUUGUAAUAAUCUGCGCGAUCAUUCGAAAAGUUGAGAAACUUUUAAAAAUAAACUGCUUAAAGUUCAAAAUCUUCGGAAAAUUUUAAUUUUGAAAAAAUUAAUUUAAUAAAAUAAAAUCUAAUUUUAUAAAUUAAUCGAUUGUAUAUUCGAGUCAAUAAUCUUAUGCUGAAAAUAUGAAGUAUCGUUUUCAUUCACUUGCCACUUCAAUAACGGUGAAUUGCUUUUGGUGACUUAAAUAACGCGAGGAUUACAGUUAAUAAUAGUGUCGGUCUUAUUAGGCAUUUAAAUUGCAAGUUCGAAGAUACGAUCUAAAUAUGAAUUUUAAAGUUAAUUAAUUAGAUUUGCGAUUACGGAAACGCGUCCCGCUCUUCCGCUAGGAAAAUGGCACGAUACGUGACUAUCAGCUGUUGACUAGAUGUAUAGUUGUGCUUGUUUUUAUUACUCGACACUUCUACAGGGUCUACCUCAAGUUAAAACCACUACUACGCGUCGUCGGUGGACGCGUGAAAAAUGUGAAAAAUGCGCGUUCUUCUUUUAAAGUGCAUGCAAAACAAUGCGAUCUGCACGAGGCUGUGGUACUGCGUGGUUUUGCGCGGAAUAUCGAGACGUAAGUGCCGCGUUUAAGAGAAUAUAUUCAGGUGAACGUUGUACGCCGCCGUAGUUUCGCAGGAAUAGUGUUGCCAAAACCCUAUCGUAAAUGGAAAAUACUGAAUACGAGACAACGCGAGGAGGUACUAAAGUGCCGCACCGACGCGUCCGCGCUGUGAGAAAUGCAUCUGCGCUUUUUAACUUGCAUCUUAUGAAUAUAAAUACAGUUGAUAAGAUGAUUCUUCUCGUGGGAGAGUUGCGAAAUCGUUCACGAAAAGAAGAAUUCGAUGCGAUUGCCGUUCUCGUGGCGCGAACACUCGCAUUUUGUAACUUGAAAAAUACGCGUAUUAUAUGUACUUAUGUAUAUACACAAAAAAGAAGAUUUCAGUUCGGGCAAUGGGAACCGGAUGUGAAACUCACUGGUGAAAAGUAACAUCUCUGUUAUUGUGACCGAAAGCAUUUGUCUGAACAUUCAGCUGCAUUGAAAUUCGAUUAGAAUGACUGAGAGCAAUUGGCUGAGUAGGAAUUUUUCUGUUCUUGCAACCGAAUUUUUUAUCUGACUUUCAGGUAACAGAAAAUUCAGUUACACUAACAAAGUUGUUUUUUCUGUGUACACUAACUAAGAAAUCGGUCUUUCGAAUAGAGGCGAAUUUCCCGCGCGACAAUAAGCUUUAAGAUCAAUCGCGUUCCCACAUGUCCCUUUCAAGAUAGAGCCACUGAUUUGUAUAUAGCCAGAGGUUUAGAUCUACUAAUAAGUAUCCUGUAUUUACGUCACAAAAUCGACGCUAAAUCGAUUUUCCUAAUAUCGAUUAUCGAGUGAUAGAGCGUUGUUAGUAAAUAUAUAUUUUUAUUCUUCCCUCAAAACGAGGAGUUAGAAAAAUAGUAGUUGUAACUAAGAUAAAGUUCUAUUAUCAGCGUAAGAAGAGGAUCACGGAAGUGAAUGUAACAUUUAUUGUCACGUUUGCUUCGUUUAAAAAAAUUUGCGGUCAAACCGCGUCACAAAGUGUUCUCGAUCAAAUUAUUCAAUUGACGCUAAUUCGCUAAAGAAUCUCAAUGCAUGGAAUCAAAAUAUUAAUAAAAAAUAAUUUGUAUAGCUUGAUAAAAAAUUUAUUUAUAUAUUUAUUAAAAAAAUGAAUUUACAAAAUAAAUUACGUAUGAAAAUAUUAGAGAAUUAAAAAAAAACUCCCGAUAUAUUGCAUAUUAAUGCGUAAUAAAGUUAUGAAAAAUUGAAGUGAAAGAAAAAUAAUAUUGAGGAAAAAUUAUCUCUAGCAAAAAGAAAUUUAUCUAUAGAGAUUUAACGAAACAGGAAUUUAUGAGAUUAACUAAAAUCUUUGUAAUAUCUCUUUAAUAUUUAUAUUCCUUGCAUAGAUUGAAACUAUGAAUUCAGAUGAGAUAAAGAUAAAUUCAGCAUAUCAUUUUGCUUUACUCUAAUUCGCUACAUUUGACCGAGUACACUUAUAGCAUGUCAACGUAGUGUAAUGUAAAUUUCAGCAUAUCAUAAAUGAUAACUGACGGAAAUGAUAGAAACUACAAGUGUCCAAAUCGUUGUGAACAUUUGUUUAUAUAAGAUGACCAAAGUGCGCUUGUAACUGUGUGUUCAAAUGAAAUAUGAAGAAUUCCAUUAAGAGAGAAUCUCAUUCGCAUAAGAACGUUUCUUGUAGUUUUCUUUCAUUUUAAUAAUGUUAUGAUAAUAGACAUUAUUUGUAGUACUCGAAGUCUUAUUUUAGAAUUGUAAAAAUACUAUUCGAACAAAAAUAUCAUUCCUGCGGUUUAAUGUACGACUCGAUUUAAUAUCGUAUAAAGCAAUAAGCCUUAUUCGACGUCCUGUUUUGUACAAAAGUUAGACAUAAUAAUGUUCUCUUUUGUACAACGACCAAUCACGGUAUUUCUUUACUUCUGCUAUUUUCCACUUAGUUGUUGCUACAUAUAGGGGUGAUACCGUUUAUUUAUAAGGUAUUUGCCAAAUCACAAUAGAGACGGUGGAAUAUUUUUGAUAAUUUAAUACUCAUGUUAAGUUUGUAUGUAA